UUACUUAUCGUAAUAGAUUACGUGACGUUUUAUUGGAAGGUGUUGAUAUUAAAUGGGGUAAAAAAUGUAUUGGAUAUGAGGAAUGUGAAAAUGGGGUUUGGGCUUUAUUCGAUGAUGGAACGAGAGAAUUUGGAGAUUUAUUAGUUGGCGCUGAUGGAAUUAAUUCUCCAAUUCCUAACUUGGAAAUCUUUGACAUUGGAGUAAUCGGUGUCGAUGUAGAUAUUGCUUUACCAAAAGGCCUGGCAGAUAAAAUGAUGAAAGUUUAUUCAAAUUCAAUGAGGCAAAAAUCACUUGGUCGAAAUGGAGAUAUGUUUUUUUCUUUGAUACGAUUAGUACCAAUCGAUCAAUCUGAUAAUACAAGUUAUAGAUUUACACUUACAUAUCAUUACCCUGCAAUACUUGAUAUUGAAGAUAAAAAUAUUUUAGUUGACGAUGAUAAUCCUGUAUCUGUUAUUAAACAUACAAUUUCAAAAAUCAAAAAAUUACGUCCUCCUUGUGAAUUAACUGAUAUGAUGAUUGAAAUAUUUUCUUUGGUUCCACUUUCGGAUCCAGGAGAGAAGGAUCCGUCUAGAAACUAUAAUCCUCCACGACGUCGUCAACUUCGUGAUAUUGAUCCAUUAUCUGUGCCACCUUGGAAAGAUGAUAGAAUCAUUUUGCUAGGUGAUGCCGUUCAUGCUAUGAAUCCAGAAUUAGGAUUAGGUGCAAAUAACGCGAUAAAAGAUGCCGAACUGUUAACUAAGGAAUUAAUUAAUUCUGAAAAUAAAGAUUUAAUCGAGUGUAUUCGACAAUAUAACGAACAAAUGCGAGUUCGAUCAUCUAAAGACGUUCUAGCGUCACGUAACAUGGUACUAAAGCAACGAGAACCAAAUACGAUUCCAACAAUUUUAAUUAUCGGAGCUGGUAUAGGUGGACUUAGUUUUUAUCAAUCUGUUCGAAAAAAUCUUAAUCAAAAAUUUAAU